AUGUUUUUCGAAGGAUCUGGGAGAGUAACGAAUGCAACUCGAGCACUCAAUACGCUAUCUACUCAAAAUGCACCAGACAAGGGUCCAGUAAGAGGACUACUCUUUGUCCCUAGCCUUAAUCCUCAGGAUCCAUGCACCAAUGCCACAGCAUCGCUUGUGCCGUCCAACUCGACUCGCCAUAGCCAUGUCGCUCCGUUGAACUUCCCCAACAUCGGCUUAGCGCCGUGGGUAUCUAUCGAAUGUACACAGUCAUUUCUUAAUGCGUCGCAACAACAAGGCGUGGAAGCGCUGAUCUUCUUUCUACCUUCAACCAACGACUCGAAGCCGCCUGCGCCGGAGGAUUCUAUCUGGAACCUGGGUGAUGAUGGAGCAUGGAAGAGUCAGAACAACUAUCCAGUCUAUGCGAUCCCCGGUCCUGCUGGAGAGACACUCAUGCAGCAGCUGUCGUGGUACUCUGAUAAUGCGACGUUGGUCGGAUUUGAUACGGAUAGCAAUCUAAAUGAGUCUUCUGCCCUGGCUCAGGAUCAGCAUGGUAUCGUUCGAUUGUUUGCUCUCAUAGAUUACGCGGAGGAUCAUCGAAACAUGCCCAGUCUCUGGGGGUUCAUCCUCGCAAUUUUGGGAAUGGUACUGGUUCUCAGUAUUAUCAUCCUACUAUGUUAUCAAUUCGUGCAGAAGAGACGCCGACUAGCCCUCGAACGUCGCAUCUCUGCCGGCGAAGCGGAUAUUGAAAAUUUCGGGCUACAUCAUAUCAGGGUUUCGCGGGAGGUUCUUGAUCAGAUCCCCACAUACGUUUACCCCUCUGUCAACAUUCCCUCAAAAGCGUCUUUGAGAGGCAGCCCUAGUCAAACCCAGAUCACACUGGCAAGAGCCGAUGAUACAAGUUCGAUACGAUCUGUUGACCACAAAGAGCCUCGUCUAGUCUACAAGGAGACAGAAAUGCAAGCAAGCAGUUCCACCAUCAGACUACCGGAAACUGCAAUUACGUGUGAGAGCAGUCGACCUCCCUCCGCGCGAGCGUGCAGCGACUCUGCCAGCAGGUCACAGCCCACCUGUGCAAUCUGUCUUGAUGACUUUGUCUCGGGAAUAACGAUCGUGCGGGAACUUCCAUGCGGCCAUAUCUUUCAUCCGAGCUGCAUCGACGUUUCGCUUACGCAGAUAAGCAGUCUUUGCCCGCUGUGUAAGAAAAGCGUUCUACCGGCGGAAUACUAUACAACGCCUGCGGACGAUAUGGUAGUUCAUCGGGAUUAUGUCGUGACUGAGCAUUGA